GUUGUGGGUGCAGCUUCUCUUGACCACACCCAAAAUGGCUGUUGGAAAAAACAAGAGACUCUCCAAGGGAAAGAAGGGCAUUAAGAAGCGUGUUGUCGACCCUUUCUCUCGUAAGGAGUGGUACGACAUCAAGGCCCCUUCCUUCUUUGAGGUUAAGAAUGUCGGAAAGACUCUUGUCAACCGUACCUCCGGUUUGAAAAACGCCAACGACGCCCUCAAGGGCCGUGUUGUUGAGGUGUCCCUUGCUGAUUUGCAAAAGGAUGAGGAACACUCUUUCCGCAAGGUUAAGCUCCGUGUUGAGGAGAUCCAAGGCAAGUCUUGCCUUACUUCCUUCGGUGGUAUGGACAUGACCUCUGACAAGCUCCGCUCUCUUGUUCGCAAGUGGCAGACUACCAUUGAGGCCAACCAAACCAUCAAGACCACUGAUGGCUACGUUUGCCGUAUCUUCGUUAUCGGCUUCACUCGUCGUCGCCCCAACCAAAUCAAGAAGACUACUUACGCUCAAUCUUCUCAAAUCCGCGCCAUCCGUCAAAAGAUGUUCCAGGUCAUCCAGAACCAAGCUACUGGCUGCUCCAUGCGCGAGCUUGUUCAAAAGCUUAUUCCCGAGAUGAUUGGCCGCGCUAUCGAGAAGGCUACCAACAACAUCUACCCUCUUCAAAACGUCUAUGUCCGUAAGGUCAAGAUUCUUAAGGGCCCUAAGUUGGACGCCCAAAAGAUCCUUGAGCAACACGGUGAGGCUCAAGACGUCGGUACCAAGGUUAUUAAGGAUGUUGCUCCCUUGGAGUCUGUAUAGAAAUAUAAUUUCUUGAUUUCCACGGCAUAGGAGAA